UUCUGUCGCUGCUAGUUUGUACAUUUCAGGUGAGGAACCCAAGAAUAUGUCUUACUGGAAACGUUGACAACCUGCGCGGAAGUUUGUAGUUGUGUCUCUUCCAGUUCGUAUAUAUUCCAGGAUGUGUGGCGCAGCUUGUGUCUUAGCGGCCGUGCUGGCGAUAGUCACCGCCUCCCCUCAAGACUACAACAGCAUCGGCGGCGGUGGUGUCGGCCAGGGAGGUUUCAACCAAGGGAGUUUCAGUCAGGGAGAAUUUAACCAAGAGAGUUUCAACCAAGGGAGUUUUGACCAAAGGGGUCUUAGUUACGGAGAAGGAUUGAACCAAGGAUUUGAUGUUGACCUUGGACAGAACCUGGGCCAAGGCCUCAACCUGGGCCAAGGCCAGGACUUCGGCUUCACUCAUGUCCAAGCCAUCGACGCUGCAGGUGAUCUCAAUGUCCGGUACGGCGCUCCUGACGGUGGCUUUAACGGGGGAACUGGAGGAGGCGGCGGAGGCGGGGGUGUAGGGGGAGGUGGAUGCCAGCCUAACGUGCAGGUGUCCAUAGUGACAGCCACUCGCCUGGUGCCGACCACCCUCAUCAGCACCAGGACCCGCGCCAUCCCCACCACCGUGUUCCGGGAGAUCACACAAACCAGAAUCUACCCCACGACCAUAGUGCAGAGAGACGUCAUCACCUCCGUCGUGCCUCCUAUCAUCCAGACUCAGACACAGCUGUUGACUGAGACCAAGUACGUCACACGGGCGAGGAUCAUCACGGACACCCAGCACCUGACGCAAACACAGGUGCAACGGGUCACGGAGACGGCCUUCUCUAACAGGAUCCAGGUCUCCACUACUACCAGGUUACAGGUCAUCACCAGGACACAGCAGAAUAACCAGAUCCAGACACAGUUCCAGACGGUGUUCCAGACAAGAACUGUGAGGGAUCAGGUAACUCGCACCAUCCAGCAGCCGCGAUACUUCACCCAGACACUCACCACUCACUACCCCGUCACAGAGACAAGGACGGAGCAGCAGUACGUCACCGUCACCCAGACCGUCACCGCCCCUAGCCAUUGUGGUAGCGGUGGCGGUGGCGGUGUAGGUGGCGUCGGCGGUGGCGGUGGCAGUGGCGGUGGCGGUGGCGGGGUGUCCGGACUCCAUGGGUACAGCUACAACUAAUUCUCAAUGCCACCUCCACUGUCCUCGAAAUGUGUGGUUCUGUUUGACUCCUCGCCGUUCAUGACUGAUUUAUUUAUUGACAUUAGU